AUGUAAUUUUUAAUUGCAAUUCCAUUUUUUUUGACCGCUUAUACUUAAUCUCUCGAAUUAGAAACCCUUGAAUAUUAUUCUUAAAUCUAUUCACCAGGUAAUGAAUUUAUAAAUAUUUAGGAACUAAACUUACAUUGAGCAGAGAAGCCACAUAAUUUUGUUAUGCAUAAUAAGGAAAAAUUGUGGAAAAUAUUUUGAGCAAAACUGAAUUUUAAACUGAUGCGAUUGCUUUCACAAAAGUAGAAAAUGACACUAUUAUAAUACUUAAUUCCAAAGGAUAAAUAUUAAAAGAAGAAUAGAAUAUUAUAUUAACUUUACCUAAAUUUGAAUCCAAAGACUGUAGAAUGUUAUCUAAUACUUAAAGUGUUGCAAUUUAUUGUUUUGACACUCAACAUUUAUAUGUAAUACAGAAUUUAUGUAAUAAUUAAUUAAUUCUUAGAGAACGUAACUGAAUAUUAACUUGACAAUAUCAAGGAUAUUUAAAUUUUUUAGGACAAGUACAUUGUGUUAAAAGGAAAAGAAUUGUUUUUUAAUUUUAAUGAAAUAAUAGAUUCUAUUAAUACUACUUCAAUCGAAGUAUUUAGAAUAAUAAAUAACAAAAAUCUUGUGGUUUUAGCAUCUUAAAAUUAAACAAGUGUUAUUUAUAUUUAUAAAUUUGUCCUUGAUUAAUUUGUUUAUAAUAGGAAAGUAAUACUUAAAAGAUUGUACGAAAAUCCUACUUCAAUUUUAAUGACAGAGAAUGAAGAUAUUUACUUAGCAACUUCAUAUCAAUUAAUGAAAUAUGAUGGUUCAGAAAAUGUGUAUGAGAUUAGGAAUAUAAAAAAUUUGUAUAAUCUCCAUAAGCAAGAUAUAAUUAUUAGUAUUAGUAAUUUUGGAGUUUUUGAAUAAGAGGAUGAUUAAAUAGAACUGUAAUACUUAAGAAUAUUGAUUUUAGUUAUAAUUUAAUGGCAAAUCCUAUGUAAAUAAUUGAUUUGAUUAUUGGAAAGAACAAUAAUUAUGUUUUGAGUCGAUAGUAUUUGUAUUAGGUUAUGUAUUCAACAUUUAAUCCUGAAUUAAUAUGCUAUCCUUAAGUAUAUCAUAAAUCAGGAAUAUAUGAAUUAGGAAUAAAAGGUUAUUAUAUUGGUUCUAUUAGUUAGAAAAUGAUGAAGAAGAAAAGGUGAUUGAUAUCCAAAUUUAAUAUCCAAUUCUUACUUCUAGAAAUGAACAUUGGUUAUGGAUUGGAGCUGGAAUAUUUUUAGUUGGAGUUUUGGCUUUAGGUAACUUUAUAUUAUAUUGUAGUGUAUUGCAUAUAUGGAAGUUAUAGAUUGUAUAAAUUAAGAUAAAUGAAAUAUUUUAAUGAGUAGAAAGGUGUUUAUUAAAAAUAGUUAUGA